AUGUUCCUCCUGUCGUUCAGAAGGUAUAUGCGUAUACCUCAUGAGCUGAAACCCUCUCAGAUUUUUAAGCAGGACUCCCUUUCGCCUAACAAGAUUGCUUUGCAAAUCAUACUGUUACAAAUUUUUUACUAUGUUACUGCUUCGAUACUGUUCUAUUGCUGGGCUAAACUGUUUGGGUACGAUUUACAGAUCAAAAACUGGCUGUUUUCCUGGGAGUAUAUUAAUUACGAUACUACGCUCGGACUUUCUCUUUGCAUCCUGUGGCUGUUGGAUUCGCUGAUAUGUGUGAUAUUUUUGACCGUCAUUGUGGGUCGCAGUAAGCUUGCGUGGGACUUUGCUGUCACGAUCCACGCUAUCAAUCUGAUAAUAGUCUUAAUAACCACUGGUAAAGUGCCAUCCUUCUCGUGGUUUCUUCUUCAGCUGCUAUCAUCUUUGAUCCUGGUGUUUCUGAGUACGUGGACGACGAGAUGGAAGGAGUUAAGAGAUACCUUUUUCGAAGGUCUAGUGGACCCUGCCGUUGGCAGCGCACAGGUCGACGCCGGUCUUCGAUCGAGCGCUAAUGAUGGCAGUAAAGCGAUUGAGUUGAAAGACUUGGAGGCUCAGAAAUGA